UAGGUAAGGAAAUUGAAGCGUCAAAUCCACCAUGAUUAAAGCCAUUUUUACACGUUGAAAUUAUAUAAUUUCAACCAACAAAACAUUGCAUUCCAUAAAUCAAAAUCCCACUAAAGCACUCAAUAGAUCCAAAUCUUCCAACGAGAAUAACAUUUUCAAGACAGAUAACAGGCAUUCUUGAAGUAACUCACACAAUACUCCCACCGCAGAUUUCCCUUUCUCCAUACCGACUCUUUUCUAUUCUGAUCCGAUCAUCGCACAAACUGAGAUAUAAGCUUAUAAAGGAGACAUGAUAAGCAACAAAAUUCUUGAGGAUACUUGAAUUCAAAGAUUGAUAGAUUAGGUUCAAGAGCUUAGUGAUGGUGAUGGGCUUGAUGCAAAGUUUGCAAAGAUUUAGAAUUCGAUUCGAAGGCUAUAAUGAGUUUGCAAACAAGAGAAGGCAAUCAUCAUCUUUACUUGAGGUGGUUCUGUCAAUGUAGAUCCCUUGAAACAAGUCACAUGGCCAUGGAUUCUGUGCCGGGUUCCGUAGGUACGAGUGCAAGCUUUGCUCUGAGACUUGGCCAGGCCAUCUUUUCUUCAGCUUCUCUUUUCUUCAUGUCUUUUGGAGUUGGGUUCUACAGCUAUACAGCCUUUUGCUUCUUGGUAACAAUCAUGGGCUUGGUCAUACCGUGGAGUUUCACUCUGGCGAUUCUCGAUGGAUACUCCAUUCUAGUUAAAUGCUCAAUUCGCCAGUCGGGAAUAUUGCUGGUCAUUGUUAUAGGAGACUCGGUCUUGUCCAUUCUCACAUUAGCUGCAGCCAGCUCGACCGCUAGCAUUAUUGAUCUGCUGCUCAGAGCUGAUGGGCCGUUUUGUCCUCCAAGGCUAUGCAUCAGAUAUCAGAUAUCUGCCGCAAUGGCAUUCUUGUCAUGGCUUCUCUCUGUGGCUUCUUCUCUUUUCAAUCUAUGGCUGCUUCCCGCUCUAUCACAUUAAGUUCUCUAUCAUCUAAAAACAUGGGAUUCUAGAGUUAGUGGUGAAAAUGAUGCUUCUGCAGUUAAUUGUUGUACAUAUGUGGCGCAGAUAAUUUUAAAGAAAAUAUUCUUACACAGUAAAUAAAGAAAUGAUGUGAAUAAAGUUACGUUUCUAUGCAUCAAAGAAAUUUUGGUGCAUGUUCCCAUGUCCCUUCCCCCACACAACAAGAGGCAUGAAGACAAACAUUUUUGAAUUGCAAUGUCGUCAACCAAAAAACCACAAAGUCUUGCCGCAAUUAGAGGAGAGUGAUGGCCUCAAAGCCCAAUCCGUAUCAAGUAGUAAUUUGCAAUUUCUUUUAUCUAGAAUUUAGAAGAGCAGUAUAUGAUUUAACUCAUAUGGGAAAUACAAUUACUUGUCCCACCAAAAGCUACUCAUUCAGCAAAACAAAACAUGGGAAACCCGUUAUUCUUUUGAAAAGUAAUCUGAACUUCUGGGCAUGGAAAAUUCCAUUUUAA